AUGAAUCCGAGCUCUUCGACUGCACACAUUUUGGCUGAAUUGACACUUGGGGAACGUGAAAAGGUUUUAAGUGAACGUUAUUUGUGUGAACGAGAUAAUUUAAUUUCGAAAUUUAUGGCAUGGACUGAGCAGGACCAAACUGAUUUUUGCAAACAUUUACUUCAAAGAAUGUGUCAUCAUCAACAUGGACAAAUAGAUCAAUUUCUUGGACCAAUGCUAAAAAGAGAUUUUAUCAGUUUGUUGCCAACUGGUUUGGCUGAAAAUGUUUUACAAUUACUUGAUGCCCAGUCUUUGUAUGCUUGUGAAUUAGUUAGCAAGGAAUGGCACAAAGUGAUUGCUAAUGGGAUGCUGUGGCGAAAGUUUUUUGAACGUAAAUUUCGUUCUGAUCAACUCUGGCAGGGACUGGCUAAUAAAAGGGGAUGGUUGCUUUUAAUUUUAAUAAUUCAUUUAAUAAUUUUAAUAAUUUCCUUUCUAAUUCUUUUAUUACGUCUCUCAAGCAUAUUUAUUAAAAUGAUCCUAAACUCGAAUAUUUUGAGUUUUUCGUUAUAUUUAAACGGAAAUUACGGUCAGGCUAGGCUUCAAAGCCAUUGAAAAUAUAUAGGGGGAAGGACACGCGGAAAAUGAUAAAGACAUAAGGACCAGGCCCGUAGCCAGGGGGGAUUCCCCCCCCCCCCCCCCCCCGAAAAAAAAUCCUGGCUACGGGCCUGAUAAGGACAAUACAUUUGAUAUAAUAAAAGUAAAAGGGUUUCUGUUUGAAGGGCAACAAUUUGAAUAAGAUGAAAGGAAAAUACUUGAAAGUUGGAUGAGUGAAUUGUUUACUUUAAUAUAUUGUGAAAUAGGGGCAAAAUAGAUAAGAAAGGAAGGUGAUAAAAAAUAUUAAUAUAUUUAAACCACCUGCAUA